AUGACUGUCCCUCCACCCCUCAACAUCCCCGCGUCGCUCGCCGUGUGCGACCUCUGGGCAGUCGACGCAGCCUGCGAGAUUGUCGUGUCGACCACCAGCCUGAUGCAACCCGAGAUCAAGGGCCACGAGAAACUCAACCUGCCCACUUUUGUCUUCUACAUCUACAACGCGCGUCUGGACAAGCGCGUCCUAUUCGACAAUGGCUCGCGCAAGGACUGGUGGAACCUGCCGCCUGCAGUUCUGCAUGGCAUUACGAGCAAGGGCGUCCUGGGGCUGGACGUGAAGGACGACGUGUUUGAUAUCCUGCAGGACUCUAAAGAAAAAAACGUCAAUGCAGAUCAGGUUGAUGCCGUUGUCUGGAGUCAUUUCCACUACGACCACACGGGCAAUAUACAGCGCUUCCCUCCUUCUACAAAGAUCAUUGUCGGCCCCGGAUUCACCAAGGAGUUUCUCCCGGGUUAUCCCAUUCGACAGGACUCGCCUCUGCAUCAGUCUGACUUUGAAGGCGGGCGUGAACUCGUCGAGAUUGGUUUUAACAAAACUUCUGGGCUGAAAAUCGGCAAGUAUGAUGCGCACGACUACUUUGGAGACGGCAGUUUCUACCUACUCAACACUCCCGGACACACAGUCGGGCAUAUCUCAGCCCUCGUCCGGACCACACCCGGUACAUUUGUGUUUCUGGGCGGAGACAUUUCGCAUUUUCCGGGCAUGUAUCGUCCGACAAAAUACGUGCCUAUGCCGUUGACGCUGCCCCUGGAGACCAAACUGGACACGCCGAGACUACCGGUGCCAUGCCCAUGCUCAUUAUUCACGGCAUGCCAUCCCAAAAACAUUUCCGGAAAGGAAGAAGAAGCUCGCUCGUCUACAUUCUAUGAACCGUCCCAUGAUGCAUCGUCCUGGUACGACGACCCCGCCGAGGCAGUGCGCUCGGUCGAGGCGCUCAAGGAGUUUGACGCCAACGAAAACGUGUUUGUGGCGAUUGCGCACGACCCGGCGCUGAGAGAAGUUGUUGAUUUGUUUCCGCACGGCCAGAUGAAUGAUUGGAAAGCCAAGGGCUGGGCGCAGAAGAGCCACUGGCAUUUUGUGAAUGAGCUGCCGGUGGAUGGACGGCCUGGGAGGGAGUUGAUUGCGCGGGGGCUGAUGAAGGCUGGGGAGAUUUAUAGGGCUUAA